UUCUUCUUCCCCUUGUAGUUGCAGGAAGAGUGAUUCCCUCUCUCUCUUCUUCCCCAUCAAAACCAGACCUUCAUUAAACCCUAGAAAUGGAAAUAUCACGAAACUCUAAUCCCCAAUUCCAUCUCCAUCCUUAACCCUAGUGUUCAAAUUCUUUGAUAAUUCUGAGUUUCUUCAUGGAAUCCACUCUCAGUAAUCCAUUCUCUAUCAAUGACGGUGGUGCUCCACCUUAUAAGGUAAAAUUAUUCUCUUCAUUUUCUUCUACCAUUAAUUUUAAACCCAGUGUAUUAAGUAGAAAACAGUUUAGUACUAGUAAUAGAAGAUUUAGUGUAAAAUGUUCAAACAAACAUUACAAUUUCUGUCAAAGAACCAGUAAAUUUGUAUCAUUUAGUGUUUGGUCUACCCCAAAGUGUGUAAUUCAAGAGAAUUCACACACACCCAUUUUGAGUUCUGGAGAAAAGAAUGAGAGUUUAUUGGAAUGGGUGCGGAAAUCGAUUGUGUUAGCUUUGUUUUGUAUAGUUAUUGGUUUUCUGCCGGUAAAGAAACUUCUAAAACCUGCAAUUGCCGUGUCAUUUGCUGGAUGGUUUACUAAAGAAGAGAAAAAAGAGGAGGUAGAAAAGAAGAAGGAUCAUGAGUAUUCGGAUUAUACUCAAGAGUUACUAGGUAAAGUAUCAAUACUUCUUCAGCGGGUAGAAGAAGCUAAGUCGUCUAAAUGUGAUAUUAAAGAAGUUAGGGGAGCUUUGAAAGAGGUUAAAUUGAAGAAAGAGGAGCUUCGAGGAAAAAUUAUUGAUUCCGUGAGUAAUGAGCUGAGAGAGCCUAAAAAGAAGUUACCGAAAUUGGUUAAAAGAUCGGAGGAGAUAUUUGUUUCUGUGACGAAGAAGAAGCAGACUUAUGUGAAGAAGGUAGAUGCUGAUGAUGAGGAGAAAGAAAAGAUAAGAAGACUAGAGAAGUCUAUGGAAGCUGCUGAAAAGGAGUAUGAUGAGAUUGUGGUUAAGAUAGAUGAGAUUGAAGAUAUGAUUUCGAGGAAGGAAACAAUGGCUUACAGCAUUGGACUUAGAGAGCUUUCAUUUAUUGCACGUGAAGCUGAAUUGUUGGUGGAGAGGUUCGUACGUGAUUUGAGAAGCCAGAAUGUAAAAAGUGCGCCAGAUAGUACUACCACUAAGCUCUCCAGAUCAGAUAUCCAACGCGAUUUGGAAAUGGCACAAAGAGAAUGCUGGGAACAAAUGAUACUACCAGCUGUUUUGGAUGCCGAAGAUGAUUCUAAACUUCCUGCGUGCAGCAAUACUAAAGGUUUUGUGGUAGAUAUAAAGAAUUCCUUAGAGGAAUCGAGAGAGCUUCAGAGUAAGGUGGAAGCUCGCAUAAGACAGAAAAUGGGAAAGUUUGGGGAUGAGAAGCAGUUUCUUGUAUCUACACCUGUAGAUGAGGUUGUGAAGGGAUACCCUGAAGCUGAACUAAAAUGGAUGUUCGGAGAAAAGGAGGUCGUUGUUCCAAAGGCAAUUCGAUCUCAUCUAUUCCAUGGAUGGAAGAAGUGGCGAGAAGAAGCUAAAGCGGACUUGAAAAGAGAUCUGUUGGAAGAUACAGACUUUGGUAAACAGUAUGUCGCUCAGAGACAGGAACGCAUCCUUGUGGAAAGAGAUAGAGUGGUCGGAAAGACAUGGUAUAAUGAUGAAAAGAAAAGGUGGGAAAUGGACCCAAUUGCUGUUCCUUAUGCUGUUUCCAAGAAGCUUGUAGAGAGUGCCCGCAUUAGGCAUGAUUGGGGUGUCAUGUAUGUUGGCCUCAAGGGUGACGACAAGGAAUAUUAUGUCAAUGUCCAGGAAUAUGAAACUCUUUUUGAAGAUUUCGGAGGGUUUGAUGGGCUUUACCUUAAAUUGCUAGCUUCUGGUGUUCCAACUGCUGUUCAAUUGAUGUGGAUUCCACUUACUGAAUUGGAUCUGCGUCAGCAGUUUCUCCUGGCAACAAGUCUUUCUUCUCAAUAUAUUUCUGGAUUGUGGAAGUCCGAAAAUGUAUCAUAUUGGAGAAACUGUGGUUUUGAGAAAAUACAAAAUCUUAAUGAUGACAUAAUGAUGAUGAUAAUUUUUCCUGUAUUGGACUUUAUUGUUCCUUAUCCGGUAAGGAUGAGAUUGGGAAUGGCGUGGCCGGAGGAAGCAUUUCAAACUGUUGGCUCAACUUGGUACUUGGAGUGGCAGUCAACGGCAGAUAUUAGUUUCAGAACUAGAAAGAAAGAUGGUAUCCGUUGGUACCUUUUGUUUUACAUUAAGACCUCUGUAUAUGCGUUUGUGUUGUUCAACGUGCUUCGUCUUGUGAAGAAAAAGGCUCCAAGACUUCUUGGUUUUGGACCUAUACGUAGAGAUCCGAACAGGGAAAAGUUGCGGAGAGUGAAAAGUUAUUUCAAAUUUAGGUUGCGCAGAACGUUAAAGAGGAAAAAAGAGGGGGUUGAUCCAAUAACAACUGCUUUCGACCAAAUGAAGAGGGUAAAGAAUCCUCCAAUUAAGUUGAAGGAUUUUGCUAGUGUUGACUCUAUGAGAGAGGAGAUAAAUGAAGUUGUGGCAUUUCUACAAAACCCUAGUGCUUUCAGAGAAAUGGGUGCUCGACCUCCUCGGGGAGUCCUUAUUGUGGGUGAGAGGGGAACGGGCAAAACAUCUUUAGCAAUGGCUGUAGCUGCUGAAGCUAGGGUGCCUCUAGUUGAAGUUAAAGCUCAACAACUAGAGGCCGGAUUAUGGGUUGGUCAAAGUGCUUCAAAUGUUCGGGAGUUGUUUCAAACAGCAAGGGAGUUGGCACCUGUAAUAAUCUUUGUUGAGGAUUUUGACCAAUUUGCUGGUGUCCGAGGGAAGUACAUCCACACUAAAAAGCAGGACCAUGAAGCUUUUAUAAAUCAACUUCUUGUGGAACUUGAUGGGUUUGAGAAACAAGACGGGGUUGUUCUGAUGGCUACUACCCGGAAUCUUGCACAAAUUGACCAAGCCCUACAAAGGCCCGGUCGAAUGGACAGAGUGUUUCAUCUUCAACGGCCAACUCAGAUGGAAAGAGAACAGAUACUAAAGAUAGCAGCUAAAGAAACAAUGGAUAAUGAACUUAUUGAUUUUGUAGACUGGAAAAAGGUUGCUGAGAAAACAGCUCUUCUGCGGCCCGUAGAACUAAAACUUGUUCCUGUGGCCUUGGAAGGUAGUGCCUUUAGGAGCAAAUUUCUUGAUACUGAUGAGUUGAUGAGCUACUGUAGCUGGUUCGCGACCUUCAGCUUUGCUGUUCCAAGAUGGAUAAGGAAAACCAAGAUCGUCAAGGCGAGCAGCAGAUGGAUGGUAAAUCAUCUGGGGCUUUCAUUAACAAAAGAGGAUUUGAACAGCGUGGUUGAUCUAAUGGAACCUUACGGCCAGAUAAGCAAUGGAAUUGAAUUUCUAACACCUCCACUUGAUGAUUGGACAAGAGAGACAAAGUUCCCGCAUGCUGUGUGGGCAUCUGGUCGAGCACUUAUCGCUCUUCUUCUUCCGAACUUUGAUGUGGUUGAUAACGUUUGGCUUGAGCCACUUGCUUGGGAGGGAAUUGGGUGCACAAAGAUUUCAAAGACUAAGAAUGAAGGAUCAGUUAACGGAAAUGUGGAAACAAGAUCGUAUCUUGAAAAAAAGCUUGUGUUCUGCUUUGGCUCAUAUAUAGCAUCUCAAAUGCUACUUCCAUUUGGGGAGGAUAAUUUUCUUUCGUCGUCAGAACUUCAGCAGGCUCAAGAGAUAGCGACGCGUAUGGUGAUUCAAUAUGGAUGGGGUCCUGAUGAUAGUCCCGCUAUCUACUAUGCUAGCAGUGCGACGACCGCCUUAAGCAUGGGUGACAAGCAUGAGUAUGAAAUGGCCGCCAAAGUUGAAGCGAUGUAUAAUUUAGCUUAUGACAAAGCGAAUGAGAUGCUGCAAAAGAAUCGUGGGGUGCUUCAGAAUAUUGUGGAUGAGUUGCUCGAGUUUGAAAUCUUGACAGGAGUGGAUUUAGAAAGGAUUUUUGUCGCAAAUGGUGGAAUUCAAGAGAAAGAACCAUUCUUCCUAUCAACAUCUGGUGUUAAGAAGCUUCCCUCUAGCAGCUCUGUUGAUGGAGGAAGUUCAUCAGGACUGGUUCUUUUGGGUGCACCAACAACAUAGAAAUGGGAAAGCAUUAUAUAUGAACUGUCACUGAACCUCUCUGCUCAAAGCGUUCAGCAUUACUACAAUAGUCUGAAUCUUUUUCUGAUUGCCCGUCUCCGUCUCUCAUCUCUGAUAGAAAAUGAUAACCCGGUUGGCCAUUCCUGUCUAGAAGACAUGGGUUUCUCAUCGAGUUGUACGUGCAUCACGAGUCCGUGUCUGGUUGCCAAUUUUUAAAGGAAUCUGUGUGGUUGUCUACCUCUUAGGGGAUGCCUACUAGAGGAGCCUCCACAGCCCUAACAGAAAUUUCGAGCUUGAAUUUCUGUUGAUAUCUUCUUUUUCAUCAGCAUCACCGUACUAAGACCGAGUCAAAGCCACAGAAAACCUCCUAAAUCAUGCGAAAUCGGCUUGGGUUGUUUUUAAGUUAUAUCAAAGCAAGUUUUAUGGUAGAAUCCAAGCUAUCAAAAACGCGGAAGAUCAAGUCUAACAAUUCCAAGUUGGAGCUGUAUAUGUUUUAGAAUCCAGCCUAAAGCGUCUCUUGAUGCUAAGCGUCAAGUCUCCUGUCACUAAAUCUGACAGUUUGGAGCAUUUAGUAACAAGUUGUUUUCCUUAUUUGGACCAAUGUAGUUAAUAUCGGAUAUCGGUUCAUCUCGGCCGGGACCGAUACACUGGUACGAUUUUAUAUCGGGGAUAUUAUCGUUGAAAUAUCGGUUUUAGAUUUAGAGACUAUAAUUUUAUA